AUGGAGCAGAAUAGCGAAGCAAAAGAUUUUGUUCGUCAGGCAUUUACAAGAGUGAUGGACGCCAAUAAUUAUCGAUCAUUAGAAUUUCCCAUUAAUCAAAUACCAAUAUUAAGGCGGUUGCCGAUAUUCAAGAAGGGUAUUGUUGAUCGUGGCUCACAUCAGAUUCAAACAAUCGUUGCACAAAUGAUUAACGAACGAAAAUGUAGAAAAACUUCGAGCAUUUGUGACGGAAACGAUCUACUUGAUUUGUUACUAACGGCAAAAGAUGAAAAUGACGACGGUUUUAGUGACGAACAAGUAAAAGAUGAAGCGAUUACAUUCGUAUUCGCCGGUCAUGAGACAACUGCGAAUCUAAUGGUUUGGUGCCUGUAUGUUCUAAUGACCCACCCAGAUGUCUACCGUGAUUGUCGAGAGGAAGUUGAUCAAGUUUUGCAAGGACAAAUACCGGUACAUAAGCAAGUGAGUGAUUUGCAAGUGAUCGAUGCUAUUCUCCAUGAAACACUUCGUUUAUAUCCGCCUGCCCCCGUUCUUAUUCGCGAAUGUAUCCGUGAACAUACAAUCGGUCAAGACCAAUUGCAUGUGCCUGUUGGAGCUCUUGUAAUGACAAAUACUUACGUUUUACAUCGUUCCGAGACAUACUGGCGUGAUCCACUCGUGUUCGAUUACCGACGGUGGAUGAGAAAUAGCGACGGACUGAAAUCAAGGUUAGCUCAUCCAUUUUCCUAUCUUCCAUUUUCAACUGGAAAUCGCAAUUGUAUCGGACAAAAUUUUGCUCUAUUAGAAGCAAAAGUUAUGUUGGCAAUGAUUAUUCAACGGUUAGAUCUUGAAUUAGUUCCAGGACAAAAAGUGGUACCUUCUGUAAUACUAACAAUGAAGUCGAAAUAUGGGUUACAAGCGAAAAUUAGUCGGCGAAUAUAA